UUUACCUGAUUGUCAGUUGAUAACAAUCCUGCGGUCGUGACUCACCUCAUUUUCGCUCUUCUGCAAGGUUCAACAAGGACGUAUUAGAGACCACUGAACCUGCGAAGGCGAAACUCGGGGGGGUGAGCGCGCUAAUUAAUUCCGCUAGGGUUGUUGGCUACGAAAACAUCUACGAUUUCAAGAACAAGAAGCCACAUUCUGCUGACCUGUAUAGACGCGUUCUUGAAACUAACGUGUGGAAUUUAUUUAUCAUAAAGUGCUUAGUGGUCGACUUAGUGGUCGGCGAAGUACGAUCCAACUUUUGGUAAACAAACAGUAAUCAUACCAGACCGUUCGGACAUGAAGCGCGGCGCUUCACGAUCUCGUUCAAAUCCUGAUGGCACCCGGAGACGCGUGAAGAACAGUGUGGUGGUCCCUACAGAUCCAAUGAAGCUAAGAGCACGUGUUCUUGCACGCUUCCCCUUUCCCGAAGAAAACCCCGUGGCAGCUCCAGAAGAAAAACAAGAAACAAAGCAGGGGAGCAGCACCACGACAAACGCAUCAAAACCCUGCGAAACCGAAGAGGAGGAAGUCCCUCAGUGGAUUCCAUCAUACUUCCAGGAUGCCUCGGCGGAAAUAAAUGCGCUGACAGCUGGUAUGAGUGAAUGGAGAUCUGGCGUGAAUUCCUGGAGGAGGGGAGUAAAUUCGUCGAUAAGUGACUUAAAUCCGUGGUCAAGUGAUGCGAAUUCGUCGACGCCUAAGUAUCCGUGGUCAAGUGAUGCGAAUUCGUCGACGCCUAAGUAUCCGCGGCCGUAUGGUGAGUAUCCGCGGCCGUAUGGUGAGUAUCCGCGGACUAGUGGUGAGUAUCCGUGGACAAAUGUUGAGUAUCCGCGGACUAAUGGUGAGUAUCCGCGGCCGAAUGGUGAGUAUCCGCGGACUAGUGGUGCGUAUCCGCGGACUAAUGGUGCGUAUCCGCGGCCGAAUGGUGAGUAUCCGCGGCCGAAUGGUGAGUAUCCGCGGACUAGUGGUGAGUAUCCGCGGACAAAUGUUGAGUAUCCGCGGACUAAUGGUGAGUAUCCGCGGCCGAAUGGUGAGUAUCCGCGGACUAGUGGUGAGUAUCCGCGGACAAAUGUUGAGUAUCCGCGGACUAAUGGUGAGUAUCCGCGGACAAAUGUUGAGUAUCCGCGGCCGAAUGGUGAGUAUCCGCGGACGAAUGGUGAAUAUCCGCGGACGAAUGGUGAGUAUCCGCGGACGAAUGGUGAGUAUCCGCGGACGAAUGGUGAGUAUCCGCGGACGAAUGGUGGGUAUCCGCGAACGAAUGGUGAGCGUCCGUUCAUGAACCACACAUAUCCGUGGAUGAAUGGCAAGACUUCUGCGAUAUAUUACGACAAUUCUUGGACAAAUAACAACAAAUUUUUGAAAAAUGGCGUGAAUCCGUGGUCAAAUAACGAGAAUCCAUGCUCGUCCGAUGCCAAGGAUACGCAUUCAUAUGGCAAGUAUCCGUGGCCAAUUGGUAAGAAUACAGUUAUAGAUUUAAGCUACUGGUACUAUCGGGCAGAAGAUCCACUAAGCAUUUAUAGUUCUGAAUAUAUGCAGAAACACACUGGCAACUAAACAUAAACAUACGUAUUUACAUGCAGGACAAUCCUGUAAAAUACAUAUCUCUCUUUUGCAAUAAAUCCUUUUACAAAUAUAUAUCCGACAUUACCUAACAUAAAAUAGUACUUAAUUGUUUAAUACGUAGAGUUAUUUAUUGUUAUUUAGAAGUCUAUUUACUGUGAAUGAGUGAAUUAUUUAAUUCAAUUUCAAUAAUUUUGAAAUUAUUACUUUUUUGGAGCUUCAACAGAAAUUAACUUAAAAUAAUACGAUUUUUAUUACGAUAGAUACCGUUUCGUUUUUAACAAUAUGAAGAAUUUUGUGUAUAUAUUUAUAAUAUACAUAUUUAAAACAAGUCUUAGAAUAUACUUGGAAAUGCAAACUACAAUGAAAAUAUUACUUCCCUUGACUGUACCAUAUAAUCUAAUCUAUACUUCCGCAGAGAUAGUCAACAACUAUUCAAUCGUAUUUGCCCGGACCCGCAUUAAUUCCAAGGAACUGGUUUACUGCUCAUAAAUCAUAAGAAUUAAAGAUUUUCCCUAUUGCAGAGGUCCCUAAUUUAUACGAUACAUACCUAAAGUUUACAUUUAGGUAAAGCAUGGGAUAAGUUGGUCUUUCCCUGUACAGUAUGGCAGGGCCUCUUCCACCCUAAGAGCGACCGAUGGUGGGAGAUGACACUUAUUAGUAGUUUGAUAUCAUUUACCUGAUCGUCAGUUAAUAACAAUUCUUCGGUCAAGACAUACCAGCUAUCCGCUCUUCUGUAAGAACACUUUUACACAUAUCAUUCGCAACAUUCGUAGAUACUUGUAGUAAUCAAAAGUUGUUGGAUAUAAUGAUAUUUUAAUUGACAACUCAGUGUUGAUAUUUUAAUUGUUAACUCAGUGUUAAGCGAUAUUUUAAUUGUUAAUUCAGUGUGAAUAUCUUUCAAGCCACUCCUAUUAUCUUAACUGAAAUAGGCGAUUGGUUGAUUCAUUGCGUCAAUUAUCUUAUCGUGACGAGACAACUUACGACCUUCGUUGACGCGUUAUACCGCGAACGCGUCUGCCCGCGAAUACGUUCGAACAAAAAUACAUAGAAUAACAAGGAAAUUAGUUUGUACUUAUACUUAUAUAUCAAAGAACCUAGGUGGAUUUCAAAUUUUAUUUGAUGUAGAUCAAUCUAAUAUAAUAUUAAUGUCUUUAUAAGAUAAUAAUUAACAAAACGUAAAAACGAUCAAAAUACGAGUAAUCCGAUAGAAAUUUCACAUUGUAAAAUUUUCAUAUUCCAAGGAAACUCUGAAUUAACAAUGACACGAAAUGUUUUCAUAAUGAAUAAUUGUAUGAUAUUUUUUAACUUUUUAGGCGAGGUUCAACAAGGACGUAUUAGAGAUCACUGAACUUGCGAAGGUGAAACUCAGGGGAGGGGGGGGGUGAAAACACUAAUUAAUUCCGCUAAGGUUGUUGGCUACGAAAAUAUCUACGAUUUCAAGAACAAGAAGCCACAUUCUGCUGACCUGUAUAGACUCGUUUUCGAAACUAACGUGUGGAGUUUAUUUAACAUAACGCGCUUAGUGGUCGACUUAAUGGCGAAGUACAAUCCAACUUUUAGUAAACAAACAGUAAUCAUACCAGACCGUUCGGACAUGAAGCCCAGCGCUCCACCUGAUUCAGAUCCUGAUGGCACUUCGAGACCCGUGGAGAACAGCGUGGUGGUCCCUACAGAUCCAAUGGAGCUUCGAGCACGUAUUCUUGCACGCUUCCCCUUUCCCAAAGAAAACUCCGUGGCAGCUCCAGAAGAAAAACAGGAAACAAAGCAGUGGAGCAGCACCACGACAAACGCAUCAAAACGCUGCGAAACCAGGGAGGAGGUCGCUCAUUGGAUUCCAUCAUACUUCCAGAAUUCCUCGAUAACGGAAGUAAAUUCGUGGACGACUGGCGCGAAUCAGUGGACAACUGGCGUGAAUGUCUGGACGAAUAGACUGACUUCGCGGAUGAACGACGAGAAAGCGUGGAAGAACGACGAGAAAUCGUGGAUGAACGACGAGAAAUCGUGGAUGAACGACGAGAAAUCGUGUAUGAACGACGACAAAUCGUGUAUGAACGACAAGAAAUCGCGGAUGAACGACGAGAAAUCGCAGAUGAACGACGAGAAAUCGCGGAUGAACGACGAGAAAUCGCGGAUGAACGACGAGAAAUCGCGGAUGAACGACGAGAAAUCGUGUAUGAACGACGAGAAUUCGUCUAUGAAGAACGAGAAUUCGUCUAUGAACAACGAGAAUUCGAGUAUGAAGAACGAGAUUUCGUCUAUGAACGACGAGAAUUCGUGUAUGAAGAACGAGAAUUCGUGUAUGAACGACGAGAGUUCGUCUAUGAACUACAAGAAUUCGUGUAUGAACAACAAGAAUUCGUCUAUGAACAACGAGAAUUCGUCUAUGAACGACGAGAAUUCGUCUAUGAAUGACGAGAAAUCGCGGAUGAACGACGAGAAAUCGUGUAUGAACAACGAGAAUUCGUCUAUGAACAACGAGAAUUCGUGUAUGAAGAACGAGAUUUCGUCUAUGAACGACGAGAAUUCGUCUAUGAACAACGAGAAUUCGUCUAUGAACGACGAGAGUUCGUCUAUGAACUACAAAAAUUCGUGCAUGAACAACAAGAAUUCGUCUAUGAACAACGAGAAUUCGUCUAUGAACGACGAGAGUUCGUCUAUGAACUACAAGAAUUCGUGUAUGAACAACAAGAAUUCGUCUAUGAACAACGAGAAUUCGUCUAUGAACAACGAGAAUUUGUCUAUGAACGACGAGAAUUCAUGUAUGAAGAACGAGAAUUCGUGUAUGAAAAACGAGAAUUCGUGCAUGAAGAACAAGAAAUCGUAUAUGAAGAUCGAGAAUUCGAGUAUCAACGAUGAAUGUACGUGGAUCAACGACGCGUAUAGCUAGAUCAACGACCAGUAUCCGUUCAUCAACGAUAAGUGUCUGUGGACGAAUGGCCAGUGUAUGUAUUCGAAUGGGGACAACCGUGGUCAAAUGGGAAGAAUUUGUGGACAAAUCUCCAGAAUUCUUGUAUAUUGGCGAGCUUUUUUUAGAUAAAUUACGAGAAUUCUUGCACAAAUGACGAAAAAUCUUUGAUAAAUGACCACAAAUCUUUCAUAAAUGACGAGAAUCUGUGGUUAAAUGGCGAGAAUCCAUGGUCAGAUGUCGAGAAUCCGUCGAUCAACGACGACAAGUAUCCGUUCAUCAACAACAAGUAUCUGUUCAUCAACGACAAGUAUCCGUUCAUCAACGACAAGUAUCCGUUCAUCAACGACGAGUAUCCGUUCAUCAACGACGAGUAUCCGUUCAUCAACGACGAGUAUCCGUUCAUCAACGACGAGUAUCCGUUCAUCAACGGCGAGUAUCCGUUCAUCAACGACGGGUAUCCGUUCAUCAACGACGAGUAUUCGUUCAUCAACGACGAGUAUCCGUUCAUCAACGACGAGUAUCCGUUCAUCAACGACGAGUAUCCGUUCAUCAACGACAAGUAUCUGUGAAUGAAUGACGAAUGUGUGUGGUCGAAUGGGGACAAUUCGAGGUCAAAUGGGAAAAAUUUGUGCACAAAUUUCGGGAAUUCGUGGACAAAUCUCCAGAAUUCGCUAUAUAAAUAGCGAGAUUUUUAAGAUAAAUUACGACAAUUCUUGGGAAAAUGACGAUAAUUCUUGGACAAAUGACGAAAAAUCUUUGAUAAAUAACGACAAAUUUUUGAUAAAUGACGAGAAUCUGUGGUUAAAUGGCGAGAAUCCAUGGUCAUAUGUCGAGAAUCUGCGUUCAAUUGGCGAAUAUCCGUCGAUCAACGGCGAGUAUCCGUCAAUCAACGACGAGUAUCCGUGGAUCAGUGGCAAGUAUGUGUGGUCCAAUAGGGACAAUUCGUGGUCAAAGGGGUAGAAUUUAUGCACAAAUUUCUAGAAUUCGUUUAUAAAUGGCGAGAUUUUUGAGAUAAACUAUGACAAUUCUUGGACAAAUGGCGACAAAUCUUUGAUAAAUGACGAGAAUUUAUGGUUAAAUGGCAAGAAUCCAUGGUCAGAUGUCGAGAAUUCGCUUUUAAAUGGCGGGUAUCCGUGGUCAAUUGGCGAGAAUACAGUUAUAAUUAUAAGCUACUGGUACAAUCGAGAAAAAAAUUCACUAAGCAGUUAUAGUUUUGAAUGUAUGAUAGCAUACAGUGGGAACAAAACUUAAGCAUAUCUAUUUACAUAGAGUAUAGUCGUGUAAAAUAAGCAUCUCUUUUCAAUUAAUCUUUGUAGAAGUAUGUAUUUGAUAUUAUCUAACAAUAAAUAGUGCUUGAGUGUGUAA